AUGGCGUCUUCAAGAUCCUCUGCUCGGUCGCAGCCCUCGCGGCCCAUUCGCCAAAGCCGAACUCCAGUCAAGUCAUAUCAUGAAGAUACUACAUCAGAUGAACUCUCCUAUCCACAAGAAGAGAUGGAGGAAUCAAAUGGGCGCGGUGGUUCAGUGUCUCUUCGCCCACGCAAUACUGCGAAAGGCAGGUCCUAUCGCGAACCAUCUACCGAUGGGAGCUUGGGCGAAUGUUCCGAUAAUUUGGGGCCGAAGGCCGAAUCUGUCUCUGGAAGCAUGUCAAAGACAUCAGAAACCAGGACCUCGGGACGGGAAUCUCGAAAUGUUCCAGCGGCCACUACAACGAACACUUCUCUGGAGUUAAAGCGACCUCAAAAUGAAGCACCUAAACGCCCGACCAAACCUACCAAACGAAAACGUCCGAGACCAAAAUCGAAGAAGUUGGGACAGUCUUUGAAAAAGAGGACAAAAGUCACGCCGCAAGAAGAUUUCUUCAUGCGAUCGGGCGUGAUACCCCCUUGGCAAACAUUGCCAUACCAUGUCCUUGUCGAGAUCUUUCUCCACGCCUUCUAUCCCCUUGAUGAACCCAAGAUUCAGUCAACCAAGACUUCUGGCAAGGCACAGGAAGCAAACUCUGUCAAAAGUCUGCUAGGGAUAGCCCUCUUGUGCCGGGGAUUCUCUGAGGCUGCACUGGCUGCACUUUACUAUUCGCCACCGGUCUUCUCUGCUUACAGUGGUCAUCUCCUUUUAAAAUUGCUUUCAAUGCCUCCCGAAUCGUUGUCUAUCAAUUACUCAGCGAAGAUCAAAGAACUCUGUAUUGACCCUGAAACCGUCCUGUUGCUCAAAGGUGGCCCCGCACUAGGGUACUUUGACAUACAUCAAUUGCUUCAAAAGACCCCCCGAUUGCGUACCCUACGCCUUUACCACCGGGAGGACGUGAUCUUUGGACACCCACCGGUUGCGCUCAGUCCAGGCAAGUGGAAUUACUCUGCAAAGCUUUUCUCCUGCAUCCGCGAUAACGGAAUUAUACUACGGACUUGGGAGUGGAAUGGUCGAUUCCUGGACCCGACAGCUCUACUAACGCUGAUCUGGGAAACACACUCUUCCCCCUCAUUCCAAACCAUCAAGAACCUCCGGCUCAUUCAUAUAUUCAAUGAUCGGGAUGAUUCUGGACAAGAAGAUGCACUCGCAGUGGCAAUAAAAUCACUCCCAGAGCUGGAGUCCCUGGAGUUCCACGAGUGCCCUAUCAUGUCGGGCGGCAUUUUAGAGCACUUACCACCCACACUGCGGUCACUGAAGAUCUCCAACUGCGAUCGACUGCUAUCUAGUCAUAUCACAAAACUUUUCAAAUCUCAUGGCAACCAGCUACGUGAGCUCACUCUCAAUCACAACAGACACAUGAGUAUGGAGUUCAUGCCCGAUCUAGGCAUCGCUUGUCCUCAACUCGAAGUCUUCAGGGUUGAUGUAUCGAUGUACGAUACAUCAAGCUACCAUGACCUUGAGCCCCAUUUUCCUGAGCUUAUCUCUCUUAAUCAGCGCCCAACCUGGCCAGAUGGCAUCCGGGAAAUUGAGCUGUACCAACUCCGUCACUGGGACACCGAGGUGGGGGAAAUGUUUUUCAACUCUCUCAUUGAGGCCGCGCCGGAUAUGAAGAAUCUUCGGCGACUCGAUAUUAGUGCAAUCAUCUCUGUCGACUGGCGAGAUCGUGCCCGAUUUCGGGAGCGAUGGUUUCACCGCUUCGAAAAGGUCUUCUUGCGCCGCAGCCCUCCACCGGACCCAAAUCUUCGUUCUCUUCGCAAAAGGCUUCUGACAUCGUCUUUCCCAUCGUCUGGCAAAGGAGACGUAUCCUGCCCAGGUGCCGUGAAGCAAAGUCCUCCAACCCGUUCCAAGCGGCACAGUAGUCGCAUUUCCCAACAGAAAAUUCCCGAGAGCAUCGUGUCAGAGGGGACGAGCAUGUUGGAUUCCGACGCAGAGUUUGAUAUUGCCAACUAUCAUCAAGGAAUGUGCGAACACAUAUCGAUUCGGAUUGAUAACCAAAGACCCAAAGAUCACCAAUUCCAGGAGAAUGAUUUCCUUGAUGAUGAGCCUAGUGAUGAUGAGGACUGGAAUGGUGAGGACUUCGAUCCGGAACAUGUCCACGCAUAUUGA